AUGGCGUUUCACUCGGGCACCAGUGCCUCCGCGGUGGUGUCGACGACGGCCGUGUUAGCGAUGCUAGCCGUCGUCCUCUGCUCUUCUCCGGUCGGAGCCAACGAGGACUGCCUUUGGUACGUGGACAAAAAUGGCACAUGGCACAACGGCUUCGACUGUCCACUCAUCACCUUCUGCUGCGGCAACUGUCAACGACGCUACUGCUGCCUGGACGCCUUCAAAAUGAUCACGGAGCGUGAGCAGAAGCGCUGCAUGCUCUUCCAGUUCAGUCCGACAACAUUAGCCGGCAUCGCCUCGUCCAUCCUGCUUUUCGUUGCCAUCAUCGCCACCAUGGUGUGCUGCUUCAUGUGUUCCUGUUGUUAUCUCUACCAGAGGAGGUUGCAGAGGGGCAGGACUCCUUACGACACCCAGCAAAUCCCGAUGGCAAGUUACCCAGUGGAACCGUUGUAUGAUGCCUAUGGGAAACCGCUAGGGCCGUCUGAGUAUCCAAAUGCGGGCUACCCAAUGGUGCCUCAGUACCCGGGCAUGCCCUCGCAGUAUCCCAUGAUGCAACCAGGGCAUUACCCGCCUCCACAUAUGGAUGCUGCUUAUAGCCAAGCUCCUCCUCCAUACUCUCCUCCGCAGUAUCCUGGUCACUGA